GAACUAAAAUGCUACUUAAAUUGGGUGGUAGGCAUGUUAGCACCAACUGACCUGCUUGGGAUACUGCAAAAUAUUUAUCUUUUAACCUCUGUGGAGGUUAUCUUAUUAAACAUCCGCUUGUGGGAUAUAUGUCAUAGCCUUGUGAAACUGCUUAUACCAAUACUUAUGUUUUCGUUAAGUUACUUCUAUGUUGUAUAUAACAUUUAUUAGUGGUCAUUUAUAACUGUGUAACUAUUUUUUACAUUCCCUAAUUGAUAAUUUUCGAUUUUUUUAAUUAGAAGUAUGCGAACUACGAGAAUUUCAAGUAAACAGCAACACACAAACCACACAGCAAAACCUUGAUCCUAACUGAAGACCUCUAAUAUAUCGAAAGAAUACAGCUUUCACUCCGAAUUUCAUAUCCCUAUUAUCAGACAUCAGGUUAAGCUAGGCCUUGGCUACAGUAAGCUAUACCAGGCCAUGGUCCGUUCGAAUCCUAAGCAGAUACCGACCGAUACCGACGAUGUGCCAAUACGCCGUGUGCUCACAGUCCUUGGCGGUACAUGGAACUUUCCAUAUUCCGUGGUAUCUAUACACACUGAUCGGUGCCGGUUUUGCAUAGGUUGUGAGCGUUGUGAGGACAGAUUUGCACAUCAUGCAUGGAAUCAAAGAUGACCGAGAAGAUAGUGACGGAGAAGAGAUGGAGCAUGAAUCAGGAGAAUCUGAUAAAUCCAGUUCCAGCUGUGACAGUAGCGAUGCACCAUCAGAUUCAGAUGACAGUUCAGAGAUGGAUGAAGAGGAAUGUGAGAGACGACGAACAGAAUGCAUGGACAAUUUAGUCGAUUUAGAAAGGCAGUUCACUCUCCUUCGAGAACAAUUAUAUCGGGAACGUAUUACUCAAGUAGACACCAAGUUAGGUGAAGUACGAUGUGGACGUGCACAAGAAUACCUGCAACCACUGGAAGAGCUACAAGAAAACAUGAGGAUUCGUACAGAAGUGGCAGGAGUUUUACGUGAAUUUCGACUCACAAACAUUCGUAAUAAAUUUGAGGCUGAGGAAUUGGCAGCGUCACAGAACUAUGAGAGUGAAAAAUGCCUUUUGUGGGACUCCAUACAUGGUGACCUAGAAGAUAAAAUCAGGCACUUGGAGGAAGAUCGCAACAAUGUUGACAUCAGUGCUGACCUCUGGCUGGUAGAGCAGAGUUACAACAGUGCUGGCAAGAUAAUUAGGCGUGGUGCUGGAGGUACAGGAAAGAUGACAGACUCUCUCAACUCGUCCCGCAAGAAGCCAGUCACUGUCUCUGGUCCAUACAUUGUCUAUAUGCUUAAUGAUGCAGACAUAUUGGAGGACUGGACUGCCAUCAAGAAGGCGCUUUCUGUAUCAAAGAGGAAAUCAGAAUGUAAGAUAUUAUAUAAUGCUUUUCAUACUUGAAAACUGAUGUAACUGAAGUAUUGGGUACUUCACAUACAUAGAAAGUGAAACUUACUUAGAGUGUAAUUCAAAGGGACAGAAAGUUUUUGAAGUUCCCUGCUUCAUAAGGGGUCUUAUCUUCUCCUCUUAGCGUCAUUUGUUUUAUACAAAUAAAAAUGGAUAAAAGUCUCCAGACUCUACCCCUCUUCCCACAGUCUUUUCUUUUAGAUUUCUUGGCACUUCUUUCAUCUCUCCUUGAUGUCUUACAGUAUGUAGGAUUUCAGGCUUUAAAGGGUUAAGAAAACUGCAGUUUUUGAGGACUGUUUUGAAUGGCAUAAAAUAUGCUGAUUUUUGUGUUUGGGCCAGAAUGUGAUACUGGCAUUAAUAUAGACUCUUUAGUUUUUCACCCAAUCUCAGCAGCUUGUAGAAUAUAUAUAAAAACAUGUAAAGUAAGGAAAUUUUAAAUUGAAACUUAAGAUAGUGCAUUUUCUUUUCAGUACAUAUUUGACGGUAAUGUAUUCAGGGCUGAACCUGUUGAAGGCUGGCAUUGAUUGAUGAACGUUGAAUGAAGGUUAGUUAUCUAUCAGGUACGAUGGUUUCCCAUGACAGCAGUGAACUGUGAACAAGAAUUAAACAUAGAGAAGUACCGGGAGGGCUUCAGAAUUAGCAGCUUCAGCCAUAUGGCAUCACAUGAUUGGAUGAUAGUGAAUAAUGAACCAGGAAGGAUCUGGAAGGGAUCAGUUGAGGCCUAAGUUACGGUACUAUUGUUGUGGCAUUUGCCUGGAGAGACUUUGUAAAACCAUGAGAAAAAUCAUUCAGGAUAGUCUAUCUGAGCCAAUAUUUGAACCAGGCACCUGUUGAAUACAGGUCAGAAGUAUUACAGUUUGUGCCGACUUGCUCAGUAUUAGAAUAAUCUGUAUGUAUUACUUGACCACGAAGUAUGAAAUCUGUCAUUUUUAAUGUCGUUUUAUGUAAUAUGUUUUGUAUUUUAUUAUCUUUCAUAGCUCCCGAACUGUUAGAUGAUGAUGAUGAUGAUGAAGCCAUAGUUUUUGUACUACUGAACUUCAGAUGCAAAAUGCAGAUAAAAAGUGCACAAAACAUGAGUCUCAUUCUUUAUUAUGCAUGCGGAGUCUCAGUUAAGACCUACGCCAUGAAGGUGUAUGGGAGACUGAGGUGUAGCUCCAUGUAUUCUUAACCCUGGCACCAGAUGGAAACGAGUGAUCAGCUUUGUACUGCAGUCACUUUACCCAACAAAAAGAGCUUUCAGUACCCACUGGAUGGGUCAAAGUGUAAAGCCUGGACACUGGAGAAGAGAAUAUUCUCAUCCUUUUGCUGGGAAUAGCCCCCGCCCCAAUUCUUUGGUUACUAACUUGUGGCCCAGUAACUAUAUCGACUGAGCUAAAUCGACUCUUGCUCAUGAUGCAAUACAAAUCUAAUUUGCAUCAUACAACACUUCUCUUAUUUGCUUGAAUGAAUAGAGCUCAUAUAAUGAGGGAUGAAUAUCUUGUAUGUACCAUCUGUAAAUUUCUGUCCUACAGAAUUAUGUUUGGUUUGCACUUGGGCCACGUAAAAUUAUGAGAUAAGACAGAUGUGUUGGAAGAAAACUGGCUUUCAGGCAUGAAGCAGCUGACCAUUAUUAUGGCCUACUCAUACACAAAAAUGACUCUGAUUUGUUUAACUCUGAAAAGAAAAUAAAUUAAGAAUGAUGUGUUGUAUGUUGAUGUGUCCCAUGUCCUCUAUCACUUGUUUUGAUAUUAAAUUACAAGGUUCUUAAACACAAGGAGUAUCUUAAAAAUGAAGUUAAAUUAAAUAUUAAUAUAGUACAUUUCGGAAUGCUAUCAUUUAUUACAAUUGUAUGUACAUAAACUGUACAUUAACAAAUGUAUCAGAUGUGUGUACGCCUUUAAUAAAAUAAUUUAUAACAAGGGUCUGUGAAUUCUAUACAUAAAUUCCCUGAAUAGGUAACUUGUGGCCUGGAAAGCAAAUGAAGACAAGGAUGUAGGGAUAGUUACCAGAACAAACGCUUGACAGUUUUGUUCCCUUUUGGUUAUGUCUUGGGUUCUAUAAUCUGGUAAGCACCUAGCCUUACAUUUUGUAUGCUGAAUUGCAUUCAUUUCACAUGGAGUAAAUAUGGAAUGUGGCAUUAUACUCAAGGAACUAGAAUUGAACUGUAGUGUAAAAACCAGAGUACAAGAAUUAUAGAAGUUAAAUCACUUAAAACCAGUAUGAUGAAUUCUCAUGCACUACUUCUGACAGUAAAAAGUGUGAAUAUGUAGAUUAUAUAUGCUUCUCUGGAAGUCUAGUGUCUUCUGACACAGGAGGUGAGGUAAGUGGUAUGUGGUUGACUCUGACCUCACUACUGUUCAUUUAGAGGGAAACUGAGCUUCACUGGCUAUGGUCAUCUGGAAAUUGCACCAGUUUCCUCAGCUUGCAUUUGUGCAGGCCAUGCUAGUUACUAUCAUGCCUGUCUCAGAAAUCAUCCUCACUAGCUCUUUCUCUCUUGCCAGAUGGUCAGGCAGCAGUAAGCAACACCAUAAAUGUUGACAUUAGCAAGAAAGAGAGAUGGUGUUCUGUAUUAGACUUUAAAUGAAACAAAAAUUUGGAAACUAUAUUAGGUCAUGUUACCUUGGGUAACAUUACAGAAUUCAGAUAGUUCUCAUUAUGAAUAAUCAGUAGCUUUCUCUGUUUUCUAACAGUUGAUUUGGAAUGAACAAUCUGUUGUAAACAUGGUGCCCACUGGAAGAUACUGAAAUUUGGAACAUAUCCUGACCACUGUCAUAUGUACUAAAUCAGUGGCUCUCAACCUUUGUGAGACCGCAGCCUGGUAAUUCUUUUUUUUAUAAGACAAGGGCCUGGUAUAAUUGAUGCCACGGCCCGGUGGUUGAGAAACACUACUAAAUCCCCACUCCUCAAAUUUCUGUGACGUACUUCUAGUGUACAUCAUUUGGUGAAUCCUUAAAGACUGUGUUUUUCAGGUGUUCAUAAAAGUUAAGAUUUAACCUAGGAACAUUUGGUUUUCUGCACUACAAUGGAAAAAGAUAUUAAUCACACUAAAAACAUUCAAGUGGCAAAAAUUUCAGUGUGCAAAUAAUUCACCAUACUGGAGAUCUUGUUGAAGAGAGGACUUUUCUUCCAUGGAGUUGUCUACUCAGUGUGUGAUGUACCCUUAAAGAUGUUUUAGACAGACAAUACUAUGAAGUGUUAGCUAAUCCAUUUGUUUCCAAUUAAAUAUUUAAAUAAAAUAGUCUCUAGUGGAACUUAAGUGUGUUAACUAGCAUACCUAAUAAUUUGCAUUUCAAAUAUGAAUGCUCCCAUAACAAAGGUUGAAUGUAUAAAUUUAUUACAGUGAAUUUAAAGUAAUAUCACAUAAUAACAGAGAUAUCUUACCUCAGAAAUGGUUCAAGCAUAACAAUUUUUUUUUACAAAAAUGAAGCAAAAAAUACAUAUACAUCUGGUGGAUUAUCAUUAUUUAAAAAGACACGUAAAAGUACAACAGUUGUUUCUAAACUGCCGACAUCUUUACAACAUGUGCACCCAUACAUUCAUGGCCAUAAUCCUACAUCUGUGACUAUUGAGGUUUUUUUUUUUACUUUAUCUGUCAUCAGAUAUCCUAAUGAACAGAACGUUCUGGAAACUGAAUUUGUUUCUGUGCUCAUGUGAAAGGGUGGGAGGCACCUGCUGAGUUGGGUCCAACAAGGAGUAAACCUCAAUCACUAGUCCAGUGACUGUCAGCUCUUUCUAAUGGGCCCAACUCAGCAGGUGCCUUCCCUCCUCAUCUGGGCAUGGGAACAGAUCUAGUGUCUGAAAUUUUGUGCCAGAUGAUGGAUAAAGUCCAAAAUUUCAACAAUCCAGAGUGUUAGACACCACCGUGAGAAGUCUCAGAACUGAAUAAUCCUACGUUUUUUCAGUGGAGCACCAUUUCCUAUGCAAGUAUCACUGUGUCAAAUUAACAUCCAAAUGAGAUAACAACAAAGGCAAGUUACACUCUGAAAAUGGUGUAAUACAUAAAACUAGAUAUGACAGUGGAACCAUGAAUUUAGCAAUCUUUGGAUCUACUGUUAUGCAAUAUUUAAUAUACAGUGAAACACCCAUUUAAGAUUUCUUUGAGGGAGAAAUGGAUUUGAACAUUAAAGUGAAGAAAAUAAUAAAUGGAUAAGAAUGAAUACUGAUGGUAUUGGCUUUGGGAUCAAUGAAAUUAAAUGCUAAAUAAGGGAAAACCUUAAACUGGGGCCCCACUGUACUAAACAAUUCUUAGUAUUAACCUUUAUCAUUAUAAUUUAGGAGCUAUAAAUCUCCUAGUACUACAAGGCUGCAGCCAUAUUUUAAAUUUGAAGUUGAAUGUAUAAGGGGUGGGCCUUCUCAGCCCUUGCACUGCGACCUACAGUGAUCUACUGUGCUUUAAUAAUUUAUUAUCCAGAAAUAGGUAAUUUUAAAUCUCCUGCUUCUACAAGUGUGGUGGCCAUAUUUUAACUUGGAGGUUAAUGGCAACAGUAUUAAAAAAAACAUCUGGCUCAAACAGUGUGCUGAUGCAAUAAUGUAAUGCAUGGCCAAUAGAAGUUAAUGCAGUUAAUUGGUUCAGUGAAAGACACAUGAAGGAUAAUUUGUGUUCCCAGGCAAUGUAACAAGAAAUUUUGUGGGUUUCGGAUUUGGUGAAUAAUUUAUUGGA